GCUUCACUCCCUUUGAAAAGCCUGGAGCUCGAGCCUCUCUCGCUUGCAAACAGCGCAGUCUCGAUCGCCGGAACGAAUUAGGCCAUGGCUUCGAAGCUGGGAGCAGUCGCAAUAGUGCUAGCAGUCAUGGCCGUCGUCCUAGCUCUGAACCCACCGACCCAUCUCCUCCGCCCGCCUCCCGUCCCAGGAGCCCACGACUGCCUCCACGCUUCCAAGGUGGUGCCGGUCGGCGGAGCGCACGGGCCCGAGAGCCUCACCUUCGACCCCAGCGGCGGAGGCCCAUAUGCCGGCGUCGCCGACGGCCAGAUCCUGAAGUGGGAGGGCGACGAGCGAGGGUGGGUCAACUUCGCUUUCACUUCUUCUCAGAGGAAGGAAUGCACCCGCCCAUUUGCACCGGAGUUGGAGCAUGUUUGUGGAAGGCCUCUAGGACUACGUUUCGAUAAGAAAACUGGAGAUCUCUACAUUGCAGAUGCGUACUUCGGGCUUAUGGUGGUGGGUCCAGAUGGUGGUUUGGCCACUCUGGUGGCCAAUCAAGCUGAAGGCGAACCCUUCCGGUUCACCAAUGAUCUGGAUAUCGAUGAGAGCGAAGAUGUGAUUUACUUCACAGACUCGAGCACAACUUACCACAGAAGACAAUUCCUGAAUGCAUUUCUAAGUGGAAAUAGAACUGGCCGGCUAAUGAAGUAUGAUAAGUCGAGCAAGGGACUAAAAGUCCUAUUGCGAGGGCUCGCUUUUCCCAAUGGAGUAGCAUUGAGCAAAGACGGUUUGUUCCUGCUGGUGGCGGAAAGCGCUACCGGCCGAAUCUUGAGGCUUUGGCUUAAGGGCCCUAAUGCAGGAAAGUUUGACAUCUUUGCUGAUUUGCCCGGUUACCCAGACAACAUCAAGAGGAACUCUAGAGGCGAGUUCUGGGUCGCCUUGCAUGCCAAGAAAGGACCGGUGCUGAGGUUCCUUCUUUCCAAUUCUCUAAUUGGGAAUUUUGCUCUAAGACUGCCGAUUAGCCUCCAAAAGCUGCACUUGCUGCUUGUGGGAGGGAAAGCUGAAGCGACCGCUGUAAAGCUGGGCAAGGAGGGAGAAAUUCUGGAAGUAGUGGAAGACAAGGAGGGGAAGACCGUGCAGUUCAUCAGUGAAGUUGAAGAGAGGGAUAACAAGUUGUGGAUCGGGUCAGUGAUGAGGCCUUUUAUCGGUAUUUACGACUUGAAUUGAGCUACAUAUUCUCUAGAGUUGCAAAAUCGAUCCAUGUCAUGAUCUCCUCCAACUAAAGCGUAUGUCGUGUGCACAAUAUACUCCUUUUCAUUGUCGAUUCAACCAAGAAACAAAGCGGGUAGUCCCUUUUUUUUCCUCUCUCUAUCGAUUUAGUUGCGUCGAAGUUGUUUUUUGCGUCAUCUGUAAGCGUUUAAUACAUCGAGCAUCCUAGUUAGAUUUGCAAUGGUUGUACCAAAGAACAUGGAACUAAUUCUUAGGAAGCUAGGCUUGGUUACCGAGUUUAUGCAAGUGGUUGGAUGUGUGAAACCCACCAAACCUUCCCUCGCAGAAGUUGCAGUCCGUUUACAUGGCGAGCUCCUCAAUGGAAUCGUUCACGUAGGUCGGCAUCCAUCACCAGCUACUUACGAGCUAUCCAUUGCUUUGUCAAUACAAAAAGAUUAGCUACUCAGCAGUAGUUGUUCAUAUAAAAGUUCAGAUCUCACGAUCAUCAGUUAAUGGCUCACGUGAAUUAUUAACAAGAACAACGCCAUGUAUGGUCACUAUUUGAGGAUGUCAAAUUUUCUUUUCCUCCUCGCAUUGAAUGUCCAAAUCGACAAUGCAAAACGCAUACAUAAAACGUUUCAGGACAUAACAACGAUCCUAUCACCGGGUGUGCUA